GAGGAGCCAGGUGUUAGGGGAGGAGAGGAGAGGACGUCAUAUUGAGGAAACGAAACUUAACAUUCGUAGAAACCAAAGCCACCCGAUGUGGAAGCAGUUCUCUCUUUUAGGCGAGAAAUUAAAACGCAUUUUGGAACAAAUAGUCGGCCAGACAGUAACAACUAGGAAUGGCCUGUGCUAACACUUCCUGGUCUGAAGAGAACUUUUCAUGUUCCAUCUGUCUGGAUGUGUUCAGCAGUCCAGUUACCACCGCAUGUGGACACAACUUCUGCAGAACCUGUAUUACAAAGUUCUGGGAUGAACAAGUCCAGUACAAAUGUCCUGUUUGCAACGAGAUUUUCCAUACAAGACCUGAUUUACGGGUCAAUACCUUCUUAUCAGAGCUGGCUGCUCAGAUUAGAACAACCGUACGAGUAAAAGAGCAGCCUUGUGUUGAACCAGGAGAUAUUCCCUGUGACGUCUGUACUGGGACCCAGCAGAAGGCUGUGAAGUCCUGCCUAGUGUGUUUUACCUCUUACUGCCAAACCCACCUGGAGCCACAUCAGGUAGUCGCUCGCCUGCAGAAACAUCGGCUGGUCGAGCCUAUGGACCGUCUGGAAGACUUGAUGUGUAAGAAACACGACCGACUUCUGGAGCUCUUCUGCCAGACUGAACAGGUGUGUGUGUGUCUGUUGUGCACAGUGACAGACCACAAGUCCCAUCCUGUUGUACCUCUAAAGGAGGAAUAUGAAGUGAAGACGGCCCAGCUGGGGAAGAUAGAGGCUGACGUUCCGCAGAAGAUCCAGGAGAGAAAACAAAAGAUUAAGGAGAUCAAAGACACAGUGGAACUGAGCAACAAAGACGCAGACAGAGAGAUAGCCCAUGGUGGGCAGGUCUUCACUGCUCUGAUAGGCUGUGUUGAAAAGGGCCGGGAUGAUUUCAACCAAACGGUUAAAGAGAAACUGAAAUCCACAGUGAAACGAUCUGAAGACCUCAUCAAAGAGCUGGAGCAGGAAAUAGAAGAUCUGACCAAUAGAAGCUCAGAGGUGAAGCGGCUCUCACAUACUGAAGACCACCUCCACUUCCUCCAGACCUUCAGAUCCCUGAAGGAUCCUCCACCCACCAGGGACUGGACCACGGUGGAGGUCCGUCCUCCGUCAUACGUAGGGGCCUUGAGGAGAUCCCUGGAUCAGCUGGAGGAGACACUGAACAUGGAGAUGAAGAAGCUGCCUGAUGAUGCUGAACUGAAGAGGGUCCAGAAGUAUGAAGUAGAUGUGACUCUGGAUCCUGAUACAGCUCAUCCCCAUCUCAUCCUGUCUGAGGAUGGGAAACAAGUACAUGAUGGAGGUGUGAGGAAGGAACUCCCAGACAACCCUAAGAGAUUUACAUACUAUAUAUCUGUUCUCACGAGGCAGAGCUUCUCCUCAGGGAGAUUUUACUUUGAGGUCCAGGUUAAAGACAAGACUGGAUGGUGGUUAGGAGUGGCCAGAGAGUCCAUCGACAGAAAAGGUGAGACAAUGUGGACCCCUGAGACGGGUUUAUGGGCUCUUUGGUAUGACAAUGAUGGGUUGGUAUUUCGAGAUAACCCUUCUGUCCGUCUCCCCCUGAGAGCUGAGCUCCAGAAGGUGGGGGUGUUAGUUGAUUAUGAUGAGGGUCUGGUCUCCUUCUAUGAUGUGGAAGCCAGGGUUCAUAUCUACUCUGCUACUGGCUGCACCUUCACUGAGCCUCUCUAUCCUUUCCUCAAUCCACAUGUAGAUGAAGAAGGUAUAAACUCUGCCCCCCUGAUCAUCUCACCUGUCAAUCAAACAGACGAAGUCACUGCAAUGAGUCCCAUGAUCCCCCAAACCAUCAACCAGUCCCUCCGGCCCGGCCGCGACCCCACGCCUCUGAGAACUCCUUCCAUCAGGCCACUACCCAGAAAGCCCAGCUCUGACCCCGCAGCACCUGCCAACUACCGCCCCGUCUCCAUGAACCGGACGCCCCUCUCCACACUCUGCGCCGGCCUGGAGGAGACAAAGGCCUGGAUGACGGCUCACUUCCUGCUACUCAAUAGCUCCAGAACGGAAGCCAUCCUUGUUGGCCCUCCACGCCCGACCCGGUCACCCACCGUCACCAGCACCACCUUCUGUGGCCUCGACAUCCACCCCUCAUCCUCAGGCCCCCACCUCGGGGUCAGAGCGGACCCCCACCUGACCUCUGAGGCCCCCACCUCGAUGGCCUGUGCUAACACUUCCUGGUCUGAAGAGAACUUUUCAUGUUCCAUCUGUCUGGAUGUGUUCAUCAGUCCAGUUUCCACCGCAUGUGGACACAACUUCUGCAGAACCUGUAUUACAAAGUUCUGGGAUGAACAAGUCCAGUACAAAUGUCCUGUUUGCAACAAGCUUUUCAACACAAGACCUGAACUACAGGUCAAUACCUUCUUAUCAGAGCUGGCUGCUCAGAUUAAAACAACUGUACGAGUAAAAGAGCAGCCUUGUGUUGACCCAGCAGUAGUUCCCUGUGACGUCUGUACUGGGACCCAGCAGAAGGCUGUGAAGUCCUGCCUAGUGUGUCUUAUCUCUUACUGCCAAACCCACCUGGAGCCACAUCAGAGAGUAGCAGGCCUGAAGAAACAUCGGCUGGUCAAGCCUAUGGACCGUCUGGAAGACAGGAUGUGUAAGAAACACGACCGACUUCUGGAGCUCUUCUGCCAGAAUGAACAGGUGUGUGUGUGUCUGUUGUGCACAGUGACAGACCACAAGUCCCAUCCUGUUGUACCUCUGAAGGAGGAAUAUAAGGUGAAGACGGUCCAGCUGGGGAAGAGAGGGGCUGAAGUUCCGCAGAAGAUCCAGGAGAGAAAACAAAAGAUUAAGGAGAUCAAAGACACAGUGGAACUGAGCAACAAAGACGCAGACAGAGAGAUAGCCCAAGGUGGGCAGGUCUUCACGGCUCUGAUAGGCUGUGUUGAAAAGGGCCGGGAUGAAUUCAACCAAACGGUGAAAGAGAAACUGAAAUCCACAGUGAAACGAGCUGAAGACCUCAUCAAAGAGCUGGAGCAGGAAAUAGAAGAUCUAACCAAUAGAAGCUCAAAGGUGAAGCGGCUCUCACACACUGAAGACCACCUCCACUUCCUCCAGACCUUCAGAUCCCUGAAGGAUCCUCCACCCACCAGGGACUGGACCACGGUGGAGGUCCGUCCUCCGUCAUACGAAGGGACCUUGAUGAGAUCCCUGGAUCAGCUGGAGGAGACACUGAACAUGGAGAUGCUGAAGCUGCCUGAUGAUGCUGAACUGAAGAGGGUCCAGAAGUAUGAAGUAGAUGUGACUCUGGAUCCUGAUACAGCUCAUCCCUGGCUCGUCCUGUCUGAGGAUGGGAAACAAGUACAUGAUGGAGGUGUGUGGAAGAGACUCCCAGACAACCCUAAGAGAUUUACAUUCUAUGCAUGUGUUCUCACGAGGCAGAGCUUCUCCUCAGGGAGAUUUUACUUUGAGGUCCAGGUUAAAGACAACACAGGAUGGUGGUUAGGAGUGGCCAGAGAGUCCAUCGACAGAAAAAGUUCGACAGAGAGGACCCCUGAGACGGGUUACUGGACUCUUUGGUACUACAAUGAUAAAGUGUUCUUAUUUAGAGAUAACGCUCUUGUCAAUCUCCCUCGGAGAGCUGGGCUCCAGAAGGUGGGGGUGUUUGUUGAUUAUGAUGAGGGUCUGGUCUCCUUCUAUGAUGUGGAAGCCAGGGUUCAUAUCUACUCUGCUACUGGCUGCACCUUCACUGAGCCUCUCUAUCCAUUCCUCAGUCCAUGGGUACAUGAAGAAGGUAGAAACUCCACCCCCCUGAUCAUCUCACCUGUCAAUCAAACAGACUAGGACCUUUGUUUGAUAAUAAAAUAAUCAAACGACCAAAACAACUAAUGUUGUUUCCUGAAUUAGAAUAGAAUUAGAAUCUCUACUAUGUGAGAUCUGAGAGAACUGCAUUAAUGUCAUACUGCUGUCAUUUAACGAGGAGAAUAUCUUUAAGAAUUAACCCUGCAGUUGUGUGACAUAACACUUUAUUAAGGGUUAUAAUACGCUCCAUUUAUGUGUCUGUUCCCCCUUUAUUUCUUUUACAUGUUUAAAGAUAUACAAUUUAUUGUAGUAAUGUAGAACAUGUUUAGAGGAUUAACAUGUAUUAAUAAUAAUUAAAAUAUUGAAUAUAUAUCAGAAUAUUGAAUGACAAAAGAUUCCAAUGUCUUACAAAUGUGAUUUUAAUAAAAAGAAAAGGCAAAUAUUGUAAUGUGUGGCCUGCAUUAUCAUGUGAUGGAUCAUUUCAGAGGAAUAGAUAGAUUCCAUUCCAAAAGUGUAAUAACAAUAAAAAUCUGCUGAUGAUUU